ACCUUGUAAAUCUGCACUGCCCCCUAGGGCCUGGCAUGAAUACUACAUCGUUUUCAUGCGGAAUUGCACAUUGUUCGAAUGGAAACGAAACCAUGUAGAUGCACCUUUGAAAUUUUUCGUCUUCUCGGAGAGUCACCGUGUAAACAGCCCCUAAAUGUCUAAAAAAGUGCAGUAUGAGAGCAGUUUUAAGAUCUUUAUUAAAAAAAAAAAAAAAAAUUCUUCCCAAUAUUUUUGGGUUAUUAAAAAAGUGGUGUGAAACGCAUAUUGUAAGGUUUUUUUUUGUUUUUUUUUUUGGUAAUGGCGUAAAUGUAACUCUCAAAAAACAUACUAAUAUACAUUUUUAAAUGAAUGAAAAAGUUAAUUUACAGACAUACAUUCGUAGUUGUGUUUUGUUGAGAAAAAACAAUUUUUAUAAUAUACAUUUUAAGAUUUAAUUAGGAAGACACCACGGCUGUGUGUGACUAUCAUGAUGAUUGAUUCAACCAUUUGUUGUUGCAUUGUUUCUCAUGGUAGUCUUUAAUGUACAUGCUAUGCUAGCAUGCAUAGGUUUCGGUCGUGUGACAGAGCUUACAGGAAUGCCACGAGGAAAUACUCCACCACUGGGCCAGCCUGACUUUGACUUUCACCAUGUACAAGAUAGCCAGCCUGGUUUCUGCUGUUUUGGCUGGAUUUCAAAAUCGAAGCCAGAGGUAGGGCUAAAAAGCAAGGACCAAAUCUGAAUGAACCAGCUACAGACGUAUGGAUGUGAUGCACACACAACGCGACUGACACUCUCAAAGUUCUAGUGUUGUAGUUCACAUACAGUCAUGGCAUGAAGUAAAAUGAGUGCACCAGUGAACCAUAACUGUUGUCUGCCAUUUUUGUGGGGAAAAUCUAUGAGUACAUGGUGAAUUGUUGUGUACAGUACUGGUUUUUGAAAAGAGAACAAAUGCUGAAAAUUGGUUGAAAGAUUUGCAGAGUUACUCUGCGUUGGACUCCUGCACUUUUAGACAUUGUACAAGCAGUAGCAGGACGCUGAAAAAAGUGCUAUUGACUGGAUGCAGAGGUAAAAAGAAGAGAAUGCGUAAGACCUCUCUUGAUCCUGUGAUGGCCUACGCUCUGCCCUUGCAGCCCGCCAGCGCCUCCUCUUUCUGAGGGGCCUCGUACAGGCCUGACUGUGGUCAAUCUGUGGCUCACACCUGCCAAGGGGUGUUGGGUGACUGUUUGGGGACCACUGCAGCGUUGGGACUCAAUGGUGCGAGGGGUCCCUGCGUGUCCCUGAGUAGGGAUGCGCGGACUGGACUGGGGGGCAAUGGUGUGGUCCCACCACAGUUCUAUUGGGGUAUGGUUGAGGCGUUUCCUUGGAGUAUCGCUCUGUUUACAGAGCCAUGGAUGGUUCCUCAUUGACAAGCUCUGUCCCUGUGCAGCAAUUCCUUUCAUUUUUUUUUGUAAAAAAAUAGAACAAUUGACUAAUCCUCAUAAUAUGGGCUCCUACCUCACAUCAAAUGCACUGCUAACACUCACCCCAACUUGCCAUACCCUUAAAUUUCCUGCUGCCCCUUUUCAUGCCCUAUCUACUAGCUAGUGUCCGUCUUCCUCACAGGGUGUCCCCUCAGUUGAUGAGAUUGAUGAUUUUGUUACGAUCUCUAUUAUCAGGGAGUUUAUACAAAUAUUCACUGAUGAAUCUGUGCUCCUAUUCCCUCUGUUCAUUGUCUCUGCCUCUCCCCUUAAACCUUCUCUGCAGUUGCAUUUUCUCAAUUAGAAAAAAAUGUUUCUUAAGUAUGAGGACAUAAAGCAAUGCCAACUUUACUGUGAUGAUUGAUAUAUCGUUUUACCAUACCACACCACACCACACCACCAUCAUCCGCUUGAUCCGAGAUCGGGUCGCGGGGGCAGUAGUUUUAGCAGGGAAGCCCAGACUUCCCACUCCCCAGCCACUUCAACCAGCUCUCCCGGCGGGAUCCCAAGGCGUUCCCAGUCCAGCCGAGAGACAUAGUCUCUCCAGCGUGUCCUGGGUUUUGUACGCCGGUGGGACAUGGGACAUGAUCUAUCGUUUUUUUUUUUUUUUUAAUUUUAUUGUUUAACAAAGUAUUCUUUCAAUUGAAGAUCCAUACUGCCUUGCAAAACUGUGAAAAUGGUCCAGAUCCCACAGGAAUGCCGCAAGGCAAGGUAAGUCUAAUUUGAUUGCAUAACAGAAGUAAUAGAAAGCGUUUGACAUUAACAGCAGCAAAACACAGUUAUUUGCAAUAGUAAAUAAAUAAAAAAAAAAGCACACAUAAAAUAUUUUAUAAAAAAGUCAUACAUUGCUUUUUGAAAGUAAGUAUAGCAGAGUACAUCGGUAACUCUUAUGUUCGGAGUACACUGUAGUAAACAAGUGUUUUUUUUUUUUUUUGUUAUUAGCCUGGAUUUAAAGUAGCUGAGAGAGUAGUGAAAUGACACAAUUUGCAGUUUGCAUGUAAACAUGUCCAAUGUCAGUCAAUGAAGAUAUUACGCUUACUUGGAACGUUGGAACCUUCUAGAAAUAAAGGCAGAGCUUGUCAGAUCACCCAACAUGCCAGCCGCCACCCACCGUUGAAUGACGAAGUUUGUGCCACAAAGAGGGUAAAAAAAAAAAAGAAAUCUCAUCUCUCAAAAGCAGACCUUUACGGACGUCUCAGCUUCAACUCUGAAUUCUUUGAGGCCUGUACAAAUCAUCUUCUAAUCAGUUAUUAGAUAGACAAGUUAUCAAUCAGAUAGACUCAGGUGUUUGUUUUGCACACACUCUUACUAUUACCUCGGUAGAACUUUCCAGUGUGAUGAACAGCAAAUAACAUAAUAAUAAUAGCAAAUAAGUUUGUAUUUAAUAAAAAGUAAAGGAAGAAUGCCAAACAGUACGUGAAUUUAGGAAAGUAAGAUACUACCGGAGAAGCACGAAGGGGAGGGCACACACAGCGGUAAGCAAGUCAAUCGUCCGACAAAGCUGAGACGCACCAGCAUCCUUAAAUACAGACGUGUACUCCUUACUGCAUCAUAAAGAAUUGAGAAUACAUGCAUAUAAAGAACUGAGAAUGCAAACAUGUCAUAAAGAACAACAACUGAGAACAAACACAUGACAGAUAACAACUGAGAACAAACACAUGACAACAAGGAAUCUACCUCCAUAGCAAUCAGAAAGCCUUUGAUACAACUUUAAAAGGAUUUCGAUUAGUUACAAGAAAACAAUGCCACCUCUAUAUAGAGGGUUGGGUACCAAAGCCAAGUAUCAAAUUGGUACCGGUUCCGAAGCAAUUGGUGUUAACGGAAUAAAUAAAAAUGAACAUUUCGCAGCAUCGUUGUGGUGCCUGAGUAUUUUUUUUUAACCUGCUCACUUGUUCUGUAAAAAGGUGUGACACACAACUGGUAUUGGAUAAAACCCAAACCAAGUCCAAGCCUUCAUAUAUACCAAUUUUCUGCAACAUAAGUAAUUCAGUUGCAUUCAGCGGCAUCUGCCAGCCGUCCACUUCUGAUGAGAUGCGCUGCAAUACCAGUUUUUCCUGUGAUGCGAUAAUUUCACCACAGAGCCUAGUCUCUCUCACCACCCAGCAGACCAGCGAGCUACCUGAAGGUGCUAUUUUUAGCCUCCGCAAUUGAGCGACAUUAUGGUGACAAGUCAACUUCAUGAAAAGACAAAAGAAAAAAAGACAGCAGAGACGUGAAGAAAAACAGAUGCUCUUCUGAAAUAUUUUCCAUCAACCUCUGUACAUCCUGGGCCAUCUUUUACACCGAACUUAUCCACAUCAGCACCAAGUCCAAGCCCACCAAGUCCAGGAAAGAAGUGCACCUUCCAGAAUAACUGUCAUAUGAUAGUGCAAUAGAUGCUUUUGCAUCAGUGAAGCCAAGUAUUUACAGAAGAGGCAGUGCCACAAAUCUGCAGCGUUCUACCAUGCCAUCACUUGUCAAGGAAAAUAAAACACAACAGAUGAUGGAGGACCCGUGGCAGAAGGCGUACGAUUUUGCCGUCGUAGUGGCCAGAAAAGCUGGGAUGGAAAUUAAAAAAGCCAGUGAGAGCGAAAUAAAGGUGAGGACAAAAAGCUCCACUGCGGACCUCGUCACAAAAACAGACGAAAAGGUGGAGAAGAUUAUUAUCACCUACAUCAAAGAGGAGUUUGGAGCUGACACUCACAGCUUCAUUGGCGAGGAGUCAGUGGCAAACGGCAAACCGUGCAUUUUGACUGACAAACCCACGUGGAUAAUCGAUCCUGUGGACGGAACCAACAACUUUGUCCAUGGGUUUCCCUUUGUGGCAGUGUCUAUUGCGUUCGCAGUUAAAAAAGAGUUGGAAUUCGGGGUGGUGUACAGCUGCUUGGAGGACAAGAUGUACAAAGCCAGGAAAGGAAAAGGAGCUUUCUGCAACGACAAGCAAAUCUAUGUGUCGGAUGUGCGAGAUAUCCAUAAGUCCAUCAUCAUGUCAGAGCACGGGACGGACAGGAGCCUGGAAAAGGUGACCAAGAUUAUCUCCACCAUUCAAAGGAUCUGUUGCAUUCCUGUUGAUGGGCUACGCAACCUUGGCUCUGCCGCCAUCAACAUGUGCCUGGUGGCGAGCGGGAGGGUGGAGGCCUUCUUUGAGAUCGGAAUCCACUGCUGGGACAUUGCAGCGGGGGCAGUGAUUGUGAGAGAAGCUGGCGGAAUUCUCUUGGAUGUAAAUGGAGGCCCAUUCAAUUUGAUGUCCAGAAGGUUGAUGUCGGCAAAUAAUGACGUUAUUGCUCAACGGAUCAUUGAGGAAAUUGAAAUAUUCCCUGUGGAGAGGGAUGACGUGGAGAAGUGAGAUCAUCUUCACACAGCUUUUUUGUUUCUGCAUGAACACACACAGAAAGACCAUCUCCCUUAUUUUCUGUAUUUUCUCACAA